AAAUGAAAACUGAUUAUCUGGCUGAAGUCUUUAGGUAUGCAGCUGGUGCUUUGCUUUGUUUCCGUACUAUAUAUAUCUGCUGUGCGCAGUGCGCACACAUAGAGCCAAGGAGGAAUCACGCGCGAGAGAAGCACACACUGUGUGCUCGUGUUCUGCACCUAGAUCUUGAGUUAUCGUAGUAUCCUAAGAUCUGCAAGUCAUGGAGGCUGCAACGCCACUUCUUCCUCCUGCUCGGAAGGUGUUUAUUCUAGCCAGCUUUCUGCUUCUCACAGCUGAAUCGCUGGCUCGACGAGCUUCAUCUGAGGGAGUGCGAUACGACUACAGAGCUUACACUGAGUGCAAACCUCACCCUGAGCCUGCUCUGUACAAUGGUGGCAUCCUGCGUUGGGCGACCAAAAUAACAGACUUCAGAACAGACGACGAAGGGAACUACUCGCCAGCAUUUGUGCUCUACAAUAUGUCUGCGGCAACCGCAUACAGCUUUUCUUGUUGGGUGAAAAUCGCUGGACCAACAAGUGCUCAUGUGAAGGCAAAGAUAUUGACGCUAGAAAACGCAGGAUCACAGUGCAUCGGCACGGCUCUCGUGCGAAACGACUGCUGGUCGUUCCUCAAAGGUGGUUUUACUCUCAACUCCACAUCUGAAACCUCGGUCCUCUAUUUUCAGACUGCGAACCCAAACGCUUCCACAAUCUCAAUCAGAAGCGCCUCCUUGCAACCAUUCUCACCUGAUCAAUGGAAUCAGAACAGGGAGGACCGUAUCCAACAGAUUCGGAAGCGCUUCGUCAACGUCCAUGUCUCAGAUGUCAACGGUAGCCGUGUCGUUGGGGCAAAAGUCGCCGUGCAUCAGAUCACCCGAGACUUCCCCUUUGGCUCUGCCAUCAGCAAGAGUAUCAUCGGAAACAAGCCCUAUCAGGAAUGGUUCAAUAAGCGGUUCAACGCGGCGGUGUUCGAGAACGAGCUCAAGUGGUACGCGACGGAGCCGUCCCCAGGGAAGGAGGACUAUACGGCGGCGGACCAGCUGCUGCAAUUCGUGCAGUCCAACGAUGUGAUGGCGCGCGGGCACAACAUCUUCUGGGAGGACCCCAAGUACACCCCGACCUGGGUCAAGAACCUCACCGGCUCCCAGCUGCGCGCCGCGGUGUCCGGCCGCAUCGAGAGCCUGCUGUCCCGGUAUAAGGGCGACUUCGUGCACUGGGACGUCAGCAACGAGAUGCUGCACUUCGACUUCUACGAGAACCGGCUCGGCGGCAACGCCACCACCGAGUUCUUCAACACGGCCAAACGCGCCGACCCGCUGGCCACGCUGUUCCUCAACGACUUCAACGUCGUGGAGGUGUGCGACGACCUCAGCUCCAGCGCCGACUCCUACGUUUCGCGGCUCAGGCAGCUUGCCGACGGCGGGGUCACCUUCGAGGGGAUCGGGCUGGAGGGCCAUUUCGGUAAGCCCAACAUCCCCUUUGUGCACGCUGUGCUCGACAAGCUGGGCACUCUCCGGCUUCCCAUUUGGCUCACCGAGAUCGACAUAAGCAGCUCCUUCGAUCAGAAAACUCAGGCUGCGUACUUGGAGGAGGUGCUCCGUGAAGGAUUCGCGCACCCAUCGGUGGACGGCAUAAUGCUGUGGACGGCGAUGGACCGGAAUGCCAGCUGCUACCAGAUGUGCCUGACGGACGGGAACUUCACCAACCUCCCCGCCGGAGACGUGGUCGACAGGCUCCUGGAGGAGUGGCAGACCAGGGAGGUGCUGGGCGCCACCAACGACCGCGGCUCCUUCAACUUCAGCGCGUUCCUGGGCGAGUACAAGCUGUCCGUCACCUACCAGAACCUCACCACCAAGGGCACCUUCUCUCUGGCUCGCAGCGACGACACAAAGCAAAUCAACGUCCGUUUGUCUGGAUCGAAGUGAUGAGAAGAAGGCGAAACAUUGAUCAGAGAGCGAACGCACUGAAAUCGUGGUUCUUCGCUGUGCUUUAGGCAUGAAGCCCUGCCCUGUAGGUGGCGUAAUUGUGUAGUUAUUUGUAUCAAGGCAUUUCGGUGUUUUGGUACUGUGAUGGUAACAGUUAGUCGUGUGGUGGUAAAUUGUUAAAGUGCUUAUCGCUAUUGCGCGAGAGCUUCAGACGAGUCCAUUAAUGAUCACGAACUUAGAAAAGCUUAUUAAUGAUAUGUGAUAAUCCUCAUUAACGACG